CCCUCCCUCUCCCCGCCGGCUGGGUGCUGAAGUUGGGCGGAUGGCAGCGAACCAGCUGCGCUAGGGGACGAGCCGCACCAGCCCUUCCCGGGAUCGCUCAGCGCCAACUGCACGCAGCCGGGCGGGGGGGAGAUUGUGCUCCAAAUCUUCACUGGUGAGUGGCCCUGAAGAAAACCAUUCUUCCAGGCAAGCUAACAAACAAGAAACAAGAGAGUAGUGAAGAUUCAGGCAGCUGAGGCAGAUGCUCAAGUGGUGAGGUGCACAAAGGAGGCUGCAGCUUUCUGCACAAGAAUCCUUCCAGCAAGAAAAGGGAUAAAAUGAGGACAAGAGAAAGGAAACUUGCUUUCUUUCACUGAAAAGACAGUAAGUUCUCAAAUGCUCUUAUUUAGGCAAUGGGAUUCAAUCUGGAAGUCUGAGUUUGUUUUUUCCUCCACAGAUCUGUUUUCAUUUUCUGUGCUGCCUAGUGAGUUGUAGUGAGUCUUGCUGCAGCAGCAUCAGACAGGCAUCUGCCUGCUAUAUUGCUCUGCAGGUUACCAGUUUCACAGCAGAGCAGGUAGACACCUUAGCCAGGUAAAGAGCAUGACCUCAGAAGAGGGAUGGAGGCCAUGGAAAAGGAACUGAGCUAGGACAAUUGUACAAAUCAGGAGAGACAGAUGGUCCCAUGAAAGCCUGUCACUCUGAGUGACAGGCUUGAGUGCAUAUUGUACCAUAUUGUACUAUUGUACUAUUGCAUAUUGUAUAUUAUAGUACCAUAUUGCACAUUGUACUAUUGCCUGAGUGCAUCCUGUACCACUGCCCUGGGUUGUUGCAGGUGAGUACAAAUCAAAGCUUGAAGAGCAGUGUCGUAAUUUUUAAAAAACCUGCGGUGGUUUUUUUCUGCUGUUAGAGAACCUUGGAUGCAAACAGCUUCAGGGCCUAGGCUGAUGGUUUCCACCACAGAGAAGUGUUGGGCUUGGGGCAUGGCUUGUUUGUUCCAUGAGAUCUAGGCAGAAUUUUUAUAUAUUUGAACACAUAAAUGUUGUUGCUGAAAUGUUUACUUUGUUAACAUAUAAAUAUAGUUUAAGACACACAGUAGCUGAAAGCUGUGUGCCUGUUCUCCUAUAUAUUAAAAAAGCCUCCCAUUAUAAGUUUGGUUUUUCAAGCCAUAUCGUUUGUGUUGUCUCAGACAUCCACUCUAAUUUCUUGCUCCAAAAUGGUUCUAACCCAAUAUUUAGUCUGGUAAAUUCAUGGGUUUUGUCUUUCAUCCUUAUUUUUUCAUUGUCUUCCCAUUUUCCUACUCUAGUCAGCUGCUCUUUUUAUUUCAUUCCAGUUUUUCCUGGUAACUUGCAGAAUGGCAGAAAGAUAUAAAAGAGCCCCUGAUAACUUCUCCUGACUGUCCUGUGCUGGUGGCUGGUCUCAGUCUCCCAGUUCUCUCUGCACUGGUGAAGUCCCAGCCAUGUCUCAAAAAAACAGCUGUAAGGAAGGGAAAACACCAAUUAGAGUAUGUGACAAAGCCUUGAGGACCUAUGUGUCCACAGUGCUCACUCCAGCACAAAUAUACACCCAUAAACCAUUCUGCUACUAAAGAAAAGAGGCACGUUGUUUUUCUAAGUGGGAAACCCUCACAUGUGACAGAACAUGAAGGAUGUGAUGCUUAGUAUCAGCAGAUGGAGAAAUGAGUGUUGCUAUAUGCAACAUGCAGGUAAACAAAACAGCAUUAAACACAGAACAAGCAAGUACAGUGAAAGAUUCAGACAAUAGAAAUACAGGAUUUCAGACCAAAAAACCCUUCUCCAAGUGUGGUGACAGUAUCUGGUUUUAAUACCAUGUGCCAGCGUGGUGGAAUAGAGCACAUUCCUUGCACAGAGUAGAACUGGUCUUCUCUCACUUCCUCAGACCAGCACUGUCUAUAAAAGCACAAGUACCAGGAGCUUGCCAUGAGUUUAACAGAAGUAGCACAGCUUGUGGGAGAGAAGUGGAGAUUCAUUACAGGUGGGUAUGCACCAGCCUGGCCACUCUCUGCCAAGGGCAAAUGUUUCUUUAGUUCUAUGGGCAUGAAGGUCAUAGAAGCUGUAAUAUGAGCAGAUCAUAGCACCUUGACAAGCACUGCCCCUGCCUUUCAUGCUGGAAGUAGCUUAUCUGAGUGAAGUGCUUGCAUUCACCUUCUCCCACUUUUCCAAGCCAUCAGAAAGACUUCAAGGCUGUUGCUACUUCAUGCCACCUUCUUCUCCUCUCCCUCUGUUAUACCAUAUUACCCAAAUAUCGUCUCUACACCCUACUACUCUCUUAAUUUUGUUUAUACUUAUUACUGUAUUUUAUUUUUUUCGUUUUGAGGGUGGCUGAGGCAAGGAGGGCUGGAACACACAGAGAUCAAGUCAGAAGAUAUCUCAGAAGUCAGUCAGUGUGACUAAAAUCAGCAUGACUACCAAAUAUCAAGUUAUUUCAAAAAACCUACAGUCAGGAAGCCUUUUUUGAAGCUCCUUCUGUUCAAAUUUGAGACUUUCAUUUUGAAAAGGAAAUCGAAAAAAUUAACAGCUUUGGAAGCAGAGGAUGCAAGUCUUCAUCUUACAGUGAAAAUGUGGAUUCUGCCAUUUCAGAGACUAGAACCAUGUCCAAUGUGCUUUCAGAAAAGCUCUUCUCACAUUAAAACAAUUUUCCUAAUUCUUUCCUUUGUCUUUCACCCCUUAGUAGCACAUGCACCAUAAACAAAAUUUAUGUGCACUUUUUUGAUUAAGAGCUGCCAUUUCUGCAGACGAAAAUUUUCCAGAAUGGUCUUAUCUGCAGAAAAAGUAGUGCACCAAAAAUAAAGCUUGUUUAAGACUUGGAUCACACCUGCAAAUCUGUUUACCUAUGUUGGCUACAAAUUCUUGUGCUAUGCCUAUGACUUUUUUCUUAAAUUUCUGCAGAAAUUUGUGCAGAAUCUUUGCAGUUCGCAUAACCCCCAAAUGACAGCUGGUUUUUUAUACAGAGAAAAGGCUUUGAGCACAAGAAAACUUAUUUAGAAAUUACAAUGCUAAUGCAUAAAAUAAAGCUCUCUGGGUUCUCAAGUGUCUUCUUAGUGUCCUCUUUAUGAGGAGUGUCACAGACUUUAACAAAACACUUCUUUUCAGCAAUAUGUCAAGGUCUGUAUUUCCUCAUUGUAAGGAAAUUAUCUUCUCAGCUUUCUAAAGUGUACUGGCUUUAUGUGUGUAAGUCAGUGGAAGCCACAUUAGCUGUAAUGAAUAGGAAUAUAGAUGUCAUGUAAAUAGGAUUCUUAGAUGUUUUUCAAACACAAAUACGAAUAAAAACAAUGCGCUUAAAAAUAAAUAAAAGGUUUCCUGAUGAGUUUUAUAUUUUGCAUUUUAUAAAAUGUUCCCAAAGACUGUAAAGUGCUUUUAAUCAUAAUUUUAGUGCAGCUUCUUAAAAACCACAUGCAGCCAUCCUAAACUUUUCAGUAAUGCAUUACUGUCAGGUUUAAUGUUUUGUUGCUGAACAGUAAUGUCUGAUUCAGAAGCACAAAUGCAUAUUUACUUGAUGAAGUGAAGAUUUAAGCAAGGCUUCUUCAGGAUACCAAGUUCCCAUAACAUAAUAAAAAAGAAAUCUCAGACAUCCUUUAUGAGUACAGAAGGUGUCUGGGAAAGUCAUAAAAAGAAUAUUACUGUAAAAAAAGAUAGGGAUUUCAUAGUGUUCAACCAAAUUACACCAUUUCAAUUUAAAUGAAUAUUUGUAUAGAAGUGUUCUACCCUUAAAUAAAACAUUUAAUGUAUGAACACUUUUUGCCAGUUUUCCACUAGAUUUUAUUUUCUUUUUAUCCUAUCCUAUAAUGGAUAGAAUGUCCACUUUAUGACCUUCUCAGGGCUUGCUGCAAAAGACUUUAGAAAGAGUCCUACAUCUCCAGGUCAGAAAACCUGACAGAAAAAAGAUGUCUGUAUGGCAGUAGUAGAUCAUGUGUCUUGAAGUUUCUUUGUUGACCUUCAGUAACUAAUAGAAGAGGAAGAUAUUUUGCUGUAGACACUCAAGUCCUGAGUUCUCCAAAAGCAAAAGUCAGUAGGCGCAAUAACCUGUUCUCUGAGCCAACAGGUCUUCAAAACCUAUGAUGUCAAAAGUUCAAGAUAACUCAAUUGCAUUUCUCCUGGUAGAUUUCUUCUUCUCCAUCCAUUACUUUGUAUGAAUUUAUUUGUGAAGUACUGAAUGACUUUCAGGAUUUAUUAAAGAAACUAUGUCGAGGUUUCUCCUGUGCAGAGUAGCAUGAAUGCCAUUGCUGUAUGAUGGCUGUUAAGUGGUCAGCAGCACCCAAAAGGGUGCCUGUGGUACUGCUGUCUUGAUUUUGCUGCUCACUCAGCAUUGCAAGGGGAGUAUGGAAAUCUUUUUGUAGCUCAGAGACAUCUGGUAAAAUCUUGUGGUCUGUCUUCAUUUAGCUUGUGGUACCUUUAAAACACUCCUCCAGAUGAAUGAAGACAGCACAAAUAAAAAAUCAAUGUUGUGUUAGGGCUGUCUUUGCAUUGCAAGUACAGCACACGCAUCAGUGAUAUUAUUUAACUGGCAGCUGUAGCCAGACUUUGUUGCAUGGUUCUGUUACUCUAAGAUGUCUGUUCUUAAAAAGCCCUAUGGAUUUCAAAUAGAUAGCAUAUCACACUGCAUUUAAAACAAAUAGCAUAUCACAGAUCAUUAGAUAGGCCACAUUGUAGCAUUCUUUGAGGGUUUUUGCUUAGUGUUUCAAGUUAAAAAAUGGUCUAUACAUUGAAAAUUGACUGACUACUGAAAAAAAUCUGACUAUUUGAGAAAUAAAAAAGCAUCAGUAUUUCAGGGUUAACUUUGUCACUCCUGCUACUAUUUUAGGAAACUAAAACCGAAGCAACCAGUAAAAAUCUUGUAAAGGCCAUCCAAUUAUCCCCAAACAACUCAUUAAAAAGAUUCAAGAAAGUGUUAAUGUAACUCUAAUAAACAUUGAGAUUUUCCAAAUAUAUGGAAUAUAGUCUAAAAUGGUAGUUUGAAGUCUUGAAUCCACAGGAUACAAAGCCUUCCUCAGUAUACAUUUUGGUUCUUACAGUGAAGCCUGGAUGGGAUCUUAAAUGAAUAUUUUCUACCUUAGGUUUUAAAGGCUUUCAAAACCCCUAAACUUUAAAACAAUCCUUGUUAGGAAUCAAGUGAAUGCCAGUAAGGACAGUGAAAAUAAGUAUGGUUAAGGGACUGAUAGAGUCACAUCUGGGUUUGAAAUAAACUGGUAUAAGGUAUGAAUUUAUAUAAACUACACAGUUGAGGUUUUGGCCCUUUAUUUUCAAAGUCAAAAGAAGAAAAGCAGUGCAGGAGAACUGAUGUGAUAGAUCACAAAAAAAGAUAUUUUAAGGGCUAAGUUUCUUGCCUGCAGAGUAAAUCACCCUCUAUAUCCUUAAGUCAUUGACUGCACCUUUCUUUUGCAAGGUGAUCUUUCUUACCUAUUGCAAAGUUUGAAAAAGGACAGAUUGCUCUAGCUGAUUCUACACCAACUCUGUCCCGAAAUCUUAGCCAUUAUGUGUCCUACCAGCAACAAAAGACAAAAUGCCACUUAUUUGCUGUAUAAAAUGGUACCUGUUUAUCCUCAUCCUUAUACGAUCUCUCCCUUUCAAAAUAGCUGUUAGAUAACAGUUCCAGAAGAUAGGAUAGAAACUCUUCUCAGCCCCCUGUGGAGUUACAAGAUUUUUCUCAGAUUUCAUAGCGCAGGAGCUUCUCCAGGGAAUGCCUUCACAAUGCUAAGAGGGGGACAGAAAAUAUUGCAGGGGGGUCAUGUGCAAAGGAAGCCUCCAAAACAAGCAAAGAGGGCCAGAUUGGACAGCACCAAAAGUUCAGAAAAUUGGAGUACUCCAAUGACAGCCUUUUGAGGAAAGGGGGGAAAAAAAAGGAAAAACAAAUCUUUUCAGCAGAAGAGAGACAUCAAUUUAAUUGAUUGAAAUGGUGCAGCCUGUGUUUUUUGCCGUGUCCAAUACCUUGGGAAUCUCUGGGGAAAACACUUUAAAACCUAUCUAAAAGUUAGCACAAAUCCUAUAGGAGGUAGAGAGUCAGGGAAGUGCAACAAUUGAGAAAUUGCCUUCUUUUCAUUUUCUAGAGUUACUCUGUGGAAUUUGAAGAGACUGUAGUCUGUAUUCAAUAGGGCUUCCCAGGUAUAAAUGUAAUAAACCAAAUAGUUCUUCCAUCAGUUAUUUCUUUUGAGCAGUCUUCCCAAGAUAGUUCUCUGCACACAAGGGGUUUUCUGUAAUAAUUACUCCUUGGAACCCAGUGGAAUAAGUGGUAAUUACACUAUCUAAACACAGAAAUAGAUCCUUAUGCCAUUGGUUCCAGAGCUAAUAGGAGACCUUACUCCAAAUUGUUAAAGGUUUUUUUUAAUAUUCAUAAUCUUCCAGCACUGAAAGAUUGAAGGCUUGCACAGACUUCCUUACUCUGCACCUUAUAAUAGCUACCUGUCUCAUAACUGGUAUAAUAAACAGUUGCUGUACCCUUGGGUUCCUUUCCUCAGCUACAGAGUAGGGCCAGCAGAUGUCAUGCAAAAUGAAGUCCUCCAUGAUUAUGGGAUUGCUCAAAGGGCCAUAUUACUAACCCACCCCCAAGAGAAUGAGUCAGUCCAGCCAGCUCGAAUACUAUUCCUAUUUCCUAGCAGUACAAACAGAAAUCAUAACGCAGUUAGUAAACUAUGCCACCAAAUGGAGGCAAAGAGCCAGAUGCAAAACCAGCAGAAGAAAUUGAUACCUGUGAUGUGAUAGUCUGAGACAUCAUAUGUAGUGUACCAAGGAGAAAAACCCUUCCAUUGGACAAAAGGCCCACCUUCACCAUCUGGUACUUCUGCCAAGCUAGAGGGUCUCAGGAAGAGUGAAAGUGGUGAAAAAGCUAAAAGGCAAACUGAGUUCUUGGAAACAGUGUGUAUUAUUUUUACUAUUAUUUCAGAAGGUCUACUCAGAAUCAGUUCACAACAUUCUAGUCCUUCAUAAUUAUGUACUUUCACACUUCGAAAAAUUUGUUCAUUUCAUCAGAGUGACUUGCUGAAUCAAAGAUUCUAAAUUUCUUUUUAUGCCUUGGACCAAGGCACCAAAAAUAAACCCUCUGUCUGCUCAGUCUCUAAAUAUAGCCAAGAAUUAAGAUAUUCCUGCUUCUGCAUCCUAAAUAAUCUAAUGGAAUCAAUUACUGUUUUGCGUAGAUGAUAUCUGGUAUUUGCAAAUAAAACAUGAAACAUGAAAUCCAACCAAAAUAAGCAUGAAACUAAAGUCUCCAGCCAUCCAACUACAUCCUCGGUAAAUGUAAUAGUUUUGCUUCAUAGGGUGGGUUUUUCAUAUUAUAAAUUUCAGCUUAAAGCUUGCUGAGAGAAAGUAACACAAACAGAAGAACAGGGCUGAAGACUUUGACUUCAGCCACUGGUUGAGCCAGUGAACACUUCAUGUAUUCACUGAGAGCACUGUCCCAUUGCUUGGAGUUUCAGCCUCAUGCUUUUAUUGAGCAGAGCACCAGUCAUGCCAAGCAAAAUCACUUUCUUUGUACCAUGAGAUUCAGCAAGGUUCAGAGUGAACACCAAUGUCAGCUAUGGAGAGAAUCUGAAAUGGAUUAAGUACAACUUUUUCCCACUGUGGCAGUAACAUCUUUCCCCAUUAUAUUUGGCAGCUAAGGAUAGUCCCACUAUAUAAUACCCAUGUUUACAACCCAUUUCAAAACGUAUCCAAUUGUAGCACUUCGUUGGCAUUGCAAUUAAUGGUUUAUUCUGCUAGAGCCAGAAUUUCCUUGGAUGUACAUACAAGAUUUGGGGGUGUUGCUCGCUCUUUCUUCCUUCCUUCCUUAAGAAAAGAAUUCUUUACUGUGAGAGCAGUGAGGCACUGGAAAAAGUGGCCAAGAGAAGGUGUGGGUGCCCCAUCCAUCCCUGUCAGUGUUCAAGGCCAUAUUGGAUGGGGCAUUGAGCAACCUGGCCUAGUGGAAGGUGUCCCUGCCCAUGGCAGAGAGAUUGGAACCAGAUGAUCUUUCAGAUCCCUUCCAAGCCAUUCUAUGAUUCUGACUCUAUGAUUCUUUCUUUCUUUCUUUUAUCUGUUUGUUUUUAUUUUUCAAAUACAGCCUAAAUAGAUACAUAUAACUUGGCCUGCAAUCAAGGACUGCUCUCUUCCUUCACCAAAUAAUGCAUGGCCAGAAAGAGGAUGGAUUAUGUGCCUCCCCAUAGUCCAGAGCUGUUAUAACAUAGCAAAGCAAGGAGUUCUGCUGCUCUAAAGACUGGCUGGACUGGUUCUGAGCAACCUUGGAGGAAGCCAUUUUUCCUGAAAUGCUCUACAAUGGAGAUCCAUAUUUCCUCAUAAUUCUGUGUCCUGCCAAACUUGCAAACCUCUGAAACAGUUGGCUGUGGUAGUUCAUACCAAAAGAUGAAUGCUGGAGACUUUUCAAUGGUUGAGGUUGCUGGUCAGGAUCAAAGCCACUUGGGCACUGAAGUAGCUGAAAUGAGAAAGAGGCAGCAGUCACAAAAUGAAGGAACAUCAGCUGUGUCUCAAGCACCUGGAAACCAAAGGCCCAACAACACAUGUUGCUUUUGUUGGUGCUGUUGCUGCAGCUGUUCAUGCCUCACUGUUAGGAAUGAAGAUAGAGGAGACAAUGCAGGAAGGCCAACACACACGACCAAAUUGGAGAGUAUCCAGGUCAUAGAAGAAUGCCAAAACCCUACUGCAGAUGAAAUUUUGUCUUGGGCUCAGAAUUUUGACAAGAUGAUGAAAACACCAGCUGGGAGGAACCUUUUCAGAGAAUUUCUUAGAACGGAGUAUAGUGAGGAGAACCUGCUUUUCUGGCUUGCAUGUGAAGAUCUAAAGAAGGAACAGAACAAGAAAGUUAUUGAAGAAAAAGCAAGACUUAUAUAUGAAGAUUACAUUUCUAUACUAUCACCAAAAGAGGUUAGUCUUGAUUCCCGGGUGAGAGAGGUGAUCAACAGAAACUUGUUGGAUCCCAGCCCUCACAUGUAUGAAGAUGCCCAGCUCCAGAUAUACACUUUGAUGCACAGAGACUCUUUUCCAAGGUUUUUGAACUCUCAGAUUUAUAAGUCUCUUGUUGAAAGUAUUACAGGCUCUACUUCUGAAACUUAGUUUUAAUUUUCAAACAAAAUAACCUGAUUUUUUUUUUUGGGUGGGUGGGAUGGAAGAAAAUUAGUUUAAUAACAUCUGGAGCUGGGUUCCUGGAGAACUACAGUUUAGCACUACUCAGGCUACUGUGAAGAAAAAAAAACAUAUUAUGGUCUCUGUCUACAUUUUUACCAAGAUCCUCCUUGCUCAAGAUGGUGUGGGAGGGGAUCAAUGGAUUUGCCAAAAUACAUUUGUUUCACACUCCUUUCACCCUACUGCAGUCAAGAUUGCAAUGAUGUAUUUGUAGUUUUAUGAACAGUCUCCUUGUGUAUCCUCACACUGCAUGUGCAAGGUAAAACUGCUUCACUUACCACUUAGUUGUUGCAAUAUUUAAUCCAAUAACAUAAAUUAUAGCUGUAUUUAAAAACUUUUUUUUGUGCAAUACAGUCCUAUGGUACAUAGAAACAAUUACAGCAAACCAGAAAGAGGCUUGCAUUUUUUAACAUCACUAACUAAAAAGCCAAUUUUUAAGGUGUAGCAUUACUCUACAUGCUCUACUGAGUACAAUACACUGACUUUUUGAAGCCAAUAUUUCUGUACAGAGAAAAAAGAGCUAUUUAUCACUGUUUAUUUAAAAUAAAUCAAGCAGAGGAUUCCUCUGGUUGUUCACUGCCAAAACUGUGGCAUUUUCAUUACAGAGUUUGCAAUGUCAAAGAAAAAGAAAAAUAAAAGGAGAAAAAAAAAAGCACAAAUCACUUAAAGGGAUCCAUUUCUGGGUGACACAAUCUAUGCGCUGAUAUUGUUUAAUUGUUAAAAGAACAAAGAUUUUCAAUGUACAUUUCAGAUGUCAGAUACUGUAAUUGAUUUAUUAAAGACUGGCUAUCCAGUUCUAACACUGUUGUAUAAUGUUAUGUACUUCAGAAAAAAAAAAAGAAACAAGAAAGAACACAAAAAGCUUGAUAAUUUAGUUUUUUGAAUAAAGAAAUUUAAUAAAAGAUUGCCUACAUGUAGCAUUUUAGAGCAUUUUAGAACAUUUUGAUGAACUGCAUCUGUUCUGUAAGAUAUUUUUUUUUGAAAGCUAAAUCCGGUAAAAAAUGUUUUUAAAUGAAGUAACGUUUUACGAGGUGGCGGGUUAAAGAAGACUUAGCUUCUAGCCUCAUUCAUUUUGAACAACUCCUUGAAAACAAGGGGUUUGGAGAGUAAUAUAAACCAAACUUCAAGGGCUUCUAAACCCACAGAUCUUACCCAAGCAAAAUGCCUAGAGAAACACAAUGGGUAUCUUUCCUGGGUGAAGAUUCCUGUACUGAGCCCUUAAUCAUAGCUAAGGCAGCACAGUACUCCCAUCACUAGGCUGCCAUGGUGUUUUUAAUAGGGGUUUGCUUGGCCUUUUUAUCAAAGAAUGUCCAGUUUCAGGACACAUUUUGAUGUUUAAAGAGACAGUGACUUGGAACUUAAAAAAAAACCAUCUUCAUACCUACCAUACACAAGCAAAAUGAGUGUUAGCAUCCCUCAUAAACUGCUAAAGAUAUACCAAGAAAUUGCUCUGAAUACUUGUUAAAUAUAUAUAUAUAUAUAUAUGUUUGUGUGUGUAUAUAUAUAUUUAAUACUGACAACCAUACUAAGACUUAAGUGGCAAGGUUCUUCUCACUUACGUAGGACUAAACAUGGCACGAGUCCAUCGCUUUCGAUUGGCCUGGAAGGUCUGGCAGUUGUGUCCUCGAGUGGAAUCUGGCCUGACCACAGUUGGCUCCAACCCCUCAGUUACUUCCUGCGGGCAGCCUCCGGUGCCGGCUUUGGCGGGAGCUGCUGCUGCCGAGGCAGGUCUGCUGUGACACCGUAACUGGGGGGAUGCAGGUCUUAGUUUAUCUUCUGGGGCUUAUUUUUUUCCUUUGUUUUACUACCUCUCAUUUUCUUAAUUUAUUGAACAUGCUUCAGAUAGCAGGUUUGGGGAAUUUUUUUAGUCAUUCUUUUUACUUGAAACCUGUGUGCUUUUUUUGGAUAUAUAUAUAUAUGAACAAUUUAACAAACUGUUUCUUAAGCUCAUUUGGUUUUGUAAUUUAUAUAGAAUUCAGGAGAUGAUUAAAAGGGCUAUUCUCUAUUCCCUAUGCAAAUAUUUUAACUGUUGUAGUGUUUGACAAAAUGGGAUCUAAAACAAAAAUCUGCAAAGUGGAAAAACAAAUCUGUUUACAGUGGCAUUGCUGACUAUCCUACCAUAUUCAGCACUUUUAAAUAUUGUUAUUUAUGAAAAUGUAGUUUAAAAUGCAAGACAAAAUAUUUAUAAAUGUUUCUUUUAAUAAAUACCUGUUUUGUCUGAAAGUGCUACCGUGUUAUGACAACUUUAUUCAUGUUGGUUAGCUACUUACCAUUAUGAAUAAAAUAUUCAAUUAUUGUACUGACAGAAUAUGAGCUAUGAUGUUUACAAACCCUGAGGGGGGAAAAUUCAGUGAGAAAGGACUGCCUCCUUCGACUGUGAAAUGCUGUUAGGAAAAAAAUAAUUUUUCUUGCUUUUUUCUUAAUUGGAAUUUAACUAUGGUCCUACAUAUGUCUAGUAUCAUUUGACUAGUUAUAUUUACUUGGUACUAAACAUAUACAGCAUCAUAUAUGUAUAUAUUUACAUAGUGUAAUUUCAAGUUGUUGGUGUUUGAGGCACAACACAUUUAGUGCACACAUCUAAGCAACGUGUAAGAGACAAAACUGCAUGCAUAAGUCUUGACAAAUGUAGACUUGAAUAUUCUUAAUGUUACUAUUUGAUGGUGACCUGCUAGUCAUAAGCUAUCUUUAUAAGAUAUUUCACACAGGUAGAACUUCUUGUCAACACAGACAAGUCAUCCUUUCAAGACAGGUUUAAAGCUAGAUGUGCAGGCCCUAUAAUAUUACCUUGAUUUCUAGCAUAAGGUUCCAAAAUCUGUAUUUGGAAACUGUGACAUAAUUUUGAAAAACAUUACACCAAUCUUCAGUGUAAUACUGCAAUGAAAUCACGUUCAAAAGUUUAUUGUCUAAAAUCCUCUGUUGGGAAGGAUUUAAAAAUUGAACAUAGCACGUAAAGUUUCUUUCUUGGAGCAAAUGCUCACCUUUAAACAUUUAAUAUACAUUUUGUUUAUUGGUUUGGGUUUCCCAAAUUUUUUUAUGACAAAAAUGGAUGUGGUCCAAAUGGACAAUAAGUAACAUGAUCUCAUUGCCUAUCAUACAGUUCUUUGAACACAAACUGUAAAAAAAGUCAAGCUAUUAAACUGAUUUAUUGUGCAUGCAGUGUACAAUACACUUUGAAAAACUGCCUAAAUACACUUAUUCUAUAGCUUGGAAUAAAAUAAGUAUGUAUUUAACUUGUA